CCACCUAUCAGCCGACAGCAGUCAGUAGUCAGCGAGACUCCUUGAGUAAGCAUUGAAUUCGAAAUUUCUCAGAGGUCGGCGCGAACUGCCGUCUGCUAUCACUCGAGUUUUUACUCUCAGUUUCUGUGUGGUUACACGGUUUUACUUAUAAAUUCUGUUUAGGAUAGAUUUUAAUACACUAUAUUAAGAGGUUGAAGUUGAUCCAUAGAUUUAUGAUUCCAUUAAUUAAUAUUCUUGAAAUAAAUAUCGUCGGUUUGAUUGUAGAUGAGUGAAGUGUGUUGUUUAUAGUGUUCUCAUCAUCACACCCACAGUGUAUCACGGAUUUAUUCUCGAAUUUGGAUAAUCAAAAUACAUAAAUAAUGAGGAAACCGUGUAGAGCAGUGACUGUGCUGGUGUUGGUGGCAGUUUUGGUUGGGGGUGGGGGUGUUGUAAGUGGCCUGAGUGAGAACAGUGUGCACAUUUUGUCCUCAAAGUUCAAUCAGCUGGUGACGUCAUCCACCCUGCGUUGGGUCACUGAUACCAAUGGCAAGCGGCCGGAAGCCUCUGUCGUAGCCACCGAUGACAUUAUUCCAGGCGAGAACGCGGAACGAAACGCGGCGACUGGAGCCAUAGACGAGGACAAACUGGACAAAGUGCUGCGUCGACAAGUGGUGGUGUGCCGGGCGAGGCAGAGCGGAGUGCUCGUCCCGGGACAUCUGGUGCCGGGGCAGGGGGGCUGUCAGGUGUCCCUGCACGGCGCUGUUGCCACCUUCCCCAAGUACGAGGUGCUGGAGAAUGUGGACAGUGCGGCGCGGCUCAACUGGAUCCGCUGGGACCACUGGUCGCCGUCUCUGCCCGUCGGAGCCGUCACCGCCGGUCCGGACAUGUACGUCGCUCGCCGCUCCACCGCACGACCCAACGACGCAUCGGCCAACAGUCUGCUCGGCCGGCGACACUUUGUCGGAAAGCUGUUCGCUCCUGAGUUCGGCAAACAUAUGACCAUCAUCAAUGCGACUGGCCAAGAAGAAGAAGUGGAGGACGGCGAGAUUCUGGUGGAGACGGAGCCAUCCCGCUACGAGCUGGCCAUUCAGAACUUUACGCUGCGGCGCCAAAAGUUCGGACGGAUGAAGAAGCAUCUGGGAGAGACAACGCUAAAGAACUCGGGGUCGUCGCCGAUGAAAGUGGACGCUGUGAUUGGCUACGACGAGAACUACUCUAUGUAUUGGGGCCAGGCAAAAGCCAUUCUCAAGGGUCUGCCCACCAUCAUACGACUUCCCGACGGUGUUAUAUUGGAGCAGAUACAGUGGGGUAUUCCUGACGCCGAGGAAAGGAAGAAUCUCUUUAGAGUGGAGGCGUACCUGGAGCCAGGCACAGCCGUGAACGUGUCUCUUAGCGGUAACCACACGAUCACCGAGGUGCCCUACAUCGGCGACCUGGUGUCCAUUUUCGACGACGGAGCCAACGGCAAGCGAACCAUCCACGGCACCCGGCGAGAGAUCGCCAUGAAGGACCUCCAGGCCACCUACAGCCCUGCCUACUUCCUCGGCAACCACACUUUGGUGCCCACCACCACCACCACCACCACAACCACCACAUCGACCACCACCACCACCACCACACCUGCACCAACCACGACCCCUGCACCCACAACCCCGCCGCCAACCAAUAAGGAGGACCAACACCGCAAAGAGGAGAACAUGAUCAACGACCAGGCUCAGUCACUGAACGGCGCACGCAGUGCUCACGUUGAAGCCAGUGCCUCCUCGGCGUCGGCAUCCAUGCUCCACUACUCAUUCACGUUUGCAGCACUCACGGCUCUCCUCAUCAGGAUAACGUAGAUCUCCUACCGCCUACCACCCAUCUUUGUCACAACCUAGUAGAUGCUGUUUAUUAUGUCUAGUUACAAGCAAUAGCUGCACACCUAUAAGGAGUGUUGUCGUUGUUGACUAUUAAGUGUAUGCAUGUUGUGUUUUGUUGAGUGUGUGUGAUACUUAUUUUAAUAGUAUAAACUUAUUUAUUUGUUCUAUUGAAAUAGAUGUUAUUUUGUUGAUAAAAAACUGCCUAGAACAUCGUUGAGUCUUGUCAGAGGCCUUGAUAUUGAUAAGGUGUAACCUGAAAACUAUGAUACCACGCUUCAGCAAGCCAGGCUAUUAAUAUUGAUAUUAUUACUACAAUAAAGAAUUCUAAUUUCAAAGCAUGUAGGUUACUGAGGACCAUAUUAUUUAUGAACGAAUAAUUAUCCAUAGAUUUAUUGGAUCAAUAUAUGAUCCUUAUUUAUUAUGAAUACAUGAUUGAUACCAGAAAUAUAUCACUUUCAAUUUUAACAAGUAUUGUCUCUUCUCAUAUACAAGUCACUGAACAAGUUAAACAUCAAUAUCCAAAAGUUUUUUUUAAAUUAUUAAAGAACUACUUCGAGAAUGAAAAAAACGUUCCUUGAAAUUUUAUGCUGGAAAAUUGAAUACCAAUACAUUUUAAUCUGUUUACAUCUCUUACAUCUUUCUUCUUAAUAAUGUUUUGAUUAAAAUAUAAAUAUUUUUUACAGUAUUGCACACGUGUAUGACUGAGAAAGUGAGUGGCUGUUGUUUUAUUUUUGUUUAUUAUGUGUAUAAAAUGUUACCUAUCAUUAUAAAUAGUGUUUUAUGUACAGAUUUAAACCCUUUUAGUUAUUUGAAAAUGUUAAAGUCUACAAUCAAUCUACCAUUCCAAACUGCAUUAUCAACAUGCAACUGAAUAUACUCAAUCUAAUAGGAUUAGAUCUCUGUACAAUUUAAAAUGCAUAGUCCUAUACUGUUAUCAAACUUGAAAUAAUAAAAACUAUUCUUGAAGUGUAUUAUUUCAAGAUGAACCUAUAUCAUAAUUAUCUUCAAUGUAUGUAUAUAACUAUGUAGUAUGUAUGAAUAGAGGUUAAUACAAUUUGAAAAGAUUGUAAAUAAUGGAUUCAGU